AUGGGCCCGCGCGCGCGCCCCGGGGUCGAUGGGACGUUUCUCACGCACGUCCGAGCCCCCGUGGGCGCGGUCGCGCGCGCGUCCACGCUCGAGCGGGCGCUGGAGACGGUGCGGGAGGCGUUCGUUGACGACGUGGACGACGGACGCGGGACGGACGACGGGCACGUCUCGAUGUCCAAGCCGUUCGAGACGCGCGCGGAGGAUUGGGAGACGAUGCGCGCGGGCGUGCGUAAGGAACUGCGAGGGAUGGAGGCGAUUGAGGUGACGUUUGAUGCGCUCAGGGUGUUUGUGAAUGAGGAUGAGACGCGGGCGUUCGUCGCGGCGGGCUUUCGCGAGGGGAGCGAGCGAGGAGAUAAGCGCGCGCUCGUGCGCGCGAUCGAGCGGGUGAACAGAGCUCUUGAACCGUUGGGAUUUCCGAGGUAUUUCGAUGAUCCAGAUCCGCACGUGUCGUUGUUGUCGAUGACGCGACCGGGCCGGGAGCGCGUGGACGAGCUGCGGCGGCGCGUCGAGUCUAUGGACGUCGGCGAGUGGCGAGUGAAGGUGAAUCGAAUCGUGAUCGAUAUCUCGGGACAGCCGCAAAAGACGGUGUGGGGACGCGCGCCGCUUCCGGCGCCGGAUUUAUAG